GCGGGAGCAGGGACACAGCACCGGGAGUGGGGGAGAUGGCAGCCCCGGUUCCGGUGUCGCUGCCCGAGCUGAUCCGUAAGAAGCGGGACGGGGAGAGGCUGGAGGAGGCCGAGAUCCAGAGCUUCGUCUGUGGGGUCACCCGCGGCACGGCCCAGGAGGGACAGAUCGGAGCGAUGCUGAUGGCGAUCCGGCUGCGGGGAAUGGAUGCGGGGGAGACCCUGGCACUGACUCGGGCCAUGGGGGGCUCGGGGCGCACUCUGGCCUGGCCCCCCGCCUGGGGGGGUCGCCUGGUGGACAAGCACUCCACGGGGGGAGUGGGCGACAAGGUCAGCCUGGCCCUGGCCCCUGCCCUGGCUGCCUGUGGCUGCAAGGUGCCAAUGAUCAGCGGGCGGGGGCUGGGGCACACCGGUGGCACCCUGGACAAGCUGGAGGCCAUCCCGGGGUUCCGCGUCCAACAGAGCCCUGAGGAGAUGCUAUCCAUCCUGGAGCGGGUGGGCUGCUGCAUCGUGGGGCAGAGCCAGGAGCUGGUACCGGCAGACCGGGUCCUGUACGGGCUGCGGGACGUCACCGCCACGGUGGACAGCCCCCCCCUCAUCACCGCCUCCAUCCUCAGUAAGAAAGUGGCCGAGGGGCUCUCGGCGCUGGUGCUGGAUGUGAAAUUCGGGGGGGCAGCGCUGUGCCCCACCCGCGAGAGUGCCCGCGAGCUGGCACAGAGCCUGGUGGCGGUGGGGGGGUGUCUGGGGGUCCGCACUUCAGCCGUGCUCAGCCGCAUGGAUUCACCGCUGGGACGGGCGGUGGGAUCCGCACUGGAGGUGCUGGAGGCGCUGGAAUGCCUGGGCGGGGGCGGCCCCCCCGACCUGCGGGACCUGGUGACAGCCCUGGGGGGGCUGCUGCUGUGGCAGUGUGGCUUGGCCAGAGGUCUCCAGCAGGGCCGGGAGCUGCUGGAGGGGUCUCUGGAUGACGGCUCAGCCCUGCGAACCUUCGAGGCCAUGCUGGGGGCCCAAGGGGUGCCCCCCAACACCGCCCACCAGCUCUGCCAUGGGACCCUCCCGCAGCGCCAGGAGAUCCUGGGACGGGCCCGGGUCUGCGAGGAGCUGGUGGCACCCCGGGGGGGGUGGGUACAGGGGGUGGACGCCCUGCCCCUCGCCCGUGUGCUUCACCAGCUGGGGGCCGGGCGGGUGCGGGACGGGGACCCCAUCGACGCCCGGGUAGGCGCCGAGGUGCUGGUGGUGGCGGGGCAGAGGCUGGAGGAAGGGGAGCCCUGGCUGAGGAUGCACCACGAGGGGACCCUGGGGGUCGGGGGGCGCCGGACCCUUGAAGCCGCCCUCCGCCUGCUCCCCGCACCGCCCCCGGUCCCCCCGCCGCUGGUGGCUGAGACCAUUCUGCCAAGCGACGCCCUCGGGACCCCCUGGGACCCCCCGGGUUCUCCCGGAGCUCCCCAGAACCCCCCGGGACCCCCCCAGGACCUCCCCUGA